AAGAAUAGUAAACUUUUAGUUAGCGUUUUGUAUUUAACUUUUUUUAUUCAGUUAAUUUUGUUUUUCUAUUCUAUUAAAUAUUCUCAUUUACAAUUAACUGUGAUAUUAAUUGUCUAUCAAGUGUAUUAAUCUGUGAUCAUCAAAAAUUCUAUCACCAUCUUUGCUGUGUGUUGAUUGUUCUUUCUUCUUCUUCACUGGUGCCUAUUUGUUUUCUAUUCUCUUUUUUUUUCUUCUCUUGGUGUUGUAAAGAAAGACACUUUUUCACGAAGACAAUUUAGAGUUCAAUCAAUUUUUUUCUCUUCUAUUUCAUCUUUGUGAUUGUUUUCCUCUUCUUCUCCUCUGUAAAUGGAUUAAUUUAAAGCCAAGAGGCUGGGUGGCUUACCGUCAAAUCCAAAGUAAUCUGAUCUAUUGUGGUUAUCAUUGGUUAAUGGGUCAGAAAACCUCUUCUUUGCAUAAAAGCUGCUCCAAUGGGGGCAACCGAGAUGAUCGGUCUAUUCACUGUUCUCCGGGUAACUGGACCUCCACCCGUAAACACUUAAACUCUUCCGGUGGUGGACCUGGAUAUGGAAAUGGUCUCUGUGGUACAGGUGAUUGUGGUGAUUCAGGUCGACCAGGUCGACUUGAUGUACUUUUAGAUAUGCCUCCUGUUGAUUAUGAAGUAAUGUCACAACAUGCCUGGAAUCCGGAUGAUAGGUCACUUAACAUAUUCAUUAAAGAAGAUGAUGUAUUCACUUUCCACCGACAUCCAAUGGCUCAAAGUACCGAUUGUAUAAGAGGUAAAAUGGGUUAUACCCGGGGAAUGCAUCUUUGGGAGAUCACCUGGAAUACAAGGCAAAGAGGAACCCAUGCUGUGGUUGGUGUUGCCACUGCUGAAGCUCCCCUACAUUCCCAAGGUUAUCAGUCACUUGUUGGUUCUAAUACGGAAUCAUGGGGUUGGGACCUUGGACGUAGUUUACUUUAUCAUGAUUCCAAGAAUAACACCACCGGACAAUCAUAUCCUGCUUAUCUGAGACCUGACGAAACUUUUAAUGUUCCAGAUAGUUUUCUUACCGUUUUAGACAUGGAUGAAGGAACACUUUCCUUUAUCGUUGACAAUCAAUACCUUGGUGUUGCCUUUAGUGGACUAAAAGGAAAAAAAUUAUAUCCCAUCGUUAGUGCCGUUUGGGGACAUUGUGAGAUUACCAUGAAAUACCUUGGUGGACUUGAUCCUGAACCAUUACCUCUUAAAGAUAUAUGUCGACGAGUCAUUAGGAAGCAGAUUGGGAAACAACGUCUACAUCGACUGCAAACAGAAAUAACAUUACCUAAUACGCUUAAAUCAUAUUUAUUGUAUCGAAAAUCUUUUUUACUGUAAACAAUUUGAACAAAUCAUUGAAAUAAUAACCACUGUCUUUGACAAUUAACAAACUCCACAUAA